AUGUCGCAGUGCACCCGUGGCAGUGUCGUCGCUGCGGCAGCCGGUGCUCUCCUGGGCCUCGUCUUCAUCUCUGCAUCAUCCUCCUGGCAACUCGGGGACGUGUCCGAAGCGCAAGCUGAGCAGAACAUCCAAGAGGCGGCGCCGCAGCACGCUGCUGCAGGGUCACCGGUACCGCGCCCUUUGCCCGCACCGCCUGUGCCAGCACUGCCUGUGCCCGCACCGCCUGUGCCCACACGGCCAACAAGCCAAGGUAGCCUCCAAGACGAGGUCUGUGUGGCAGACCAGCUUACACGUCCACCGCCAGUCGUAUAUGGUGCAGAUGGAACUUGGAUGGAGGUGUCCUUCCUCAAUGGUGAUCUCUCGGGCAAAGGCUACAAGACGAGCCCAAUGUGCCAAAAACCUUGGACAAGCGAUGUGGUUGGCCGGCCCAUCAUCGACACGACUGCUACGCUGGUGCAGCGGGCUAUCCGUGUCGGUCACCCGAAGAAUGGCAUGCUGAAUCCAAAGAGUGAUGUGGUCAUUCCAAAACCGUGUGCGCGGCCAGUACCGAAGAUCCUGCACUUCAUUUGGCUUUGCUCGCCGCUCUCGGAGAGUCGAGCCAGCCAUGUUCAAGGGUUUGCAAUCAAGAACCCAAACUACCGCAUCCUGUUCUGGACCGACACGGAGAUUCCACCUGAAUCAAAGAUGGUUCUCGAAAAUGGAACAUCCUCGCGACCAGCCGGUGCUAUUGAACUCAAGGAUGCCUACUCGGAGGCGCAGUCCUUCCAGUCCCUUCGCCUGAUCCGCCACUUGGAUACCUUCCAUGAGAACAAUCGGAACCCAGGUGUUUGCGCCCUGAAGUCUCACUUCUGGCGUCUGGAGGCUCCGUUGAAGUACGGGGGAAUCUAUAUUGACAUGGACCACGUGGCAACUCGUGGAUUUGAUGAAGUGGGAGGUGCUGAGUUAUGGAGGUGGCCCUUCGUCACGCACAAGGUAUGUGGGGCGAACAUCGGCAAUCAUAUUUUCAGUGGUGAUAAAGGCUCUGGGUUCUUGGACUUUGCCAUCAAAGUCAUCAUGGAGCGCUGUGAGAAGCUCAGCUCCUGCAAUGUCCUGGAAGGCACUGGGCCACCACCGUUUGCGAUGAGCGUGUUGAGAUACAAUGCCUCUGACAUGGCCUUCAUCGGAGAUCAGUUCUUUGGCCGCACGGGCAUAGCAGCACACAAGGCAGAGCACUCCUGGCGAUGA